AUGUCGGACAAUGAGGGAUACGACAAGUGAGUUCAAGCUCGAUGAGAUCUGAACAAGGGUCGCAGAACAAUGCCCCGAGUCCAAGACUGCGCGCAUAUCAACAGAGACGCAGAGAAGAGCGCUGAGCUUCAUCCCUACCAUCGCCUUCUUCGGGCGUCCUUGGCUGAACCGUCACCUUCUACGUGCAACGCAGCUACGAAGAGCAGUUCGACGAGGUGGAGGAUCAGUAUGAGGAGCCCGCCGAAGGGUAUGCGGAGGAUGCUAUUGUAGAGUCUGGGGAUCCGGAUGGAGCGCAGUUGGGAGGCACUGCCAAUACGGAAAGGAUCACCACGCCCUACAUGACCAAGUAUGAGAGGGCUAGGAUCUUGGGGACGAGAGCUUUGCAGAUUAGGUGCGUGCCGGGGUGUGCAUGCGAAUGGACAGAGGUUUGUGGGGGUGGAAGACAAAGCAGGAGUGGUGCCUGCGGCUUGACUUUGAUCUCAUUAAUCGUGCUGAUGCGCCAACGCUUCACCGCGCGAUACCGCAACGUCGCGCAGCAUGAAUGCGCCAGUGCUGGUGCCUACGGAUGGGGAAACGGAUCCUCUGAACAUUGCUCUCAAAGAAUUGGAAGCCAAAAAGAUUCCUCUGGUGGUAAGGCGCUACCUGCCCGACGGAUCUUUCGAGGUGAGACUUUGUCGAACGCGCCGAAGACUUUCACUCUCAUCUGAUCCUCACUCACAAAUUGCGACUCGCAAAUGGCGCGCUCUCUCACUCGCUCCAGGACUGGGCUGUCUCGGAACUCAUCAUCAACUGA